CAGGACUUCUCCAACACAGCCUCCACCACCACCGCCGCGCCCACCCUCCGAUGAUGUAUUCACGCCCAUCCUCCUCCAGCGCCUCCGCCGCCGCCCUCGCCGCCCUCAUGCUCAUAUUCCUGGCAUCGCCGCCCGCCGCCCACGCCAAGCGGUUUGACUGUCAGAUGUUCUGCCGCACGACGGGCUUCAGCGGAAUGGUGGGCGGCUGCAGGUGCUCCUUCACGCUCUUCACCGCCAAGCGCGCCGUCAGAGACCACAACAGCGUGCCCGGCGAGGCAGACCCUUACUACGAGGCCGCCGAGAUGCCCGAAGGCAGCCUCACCGACCUCCUCCGCUUGGCCAGGGAGACCCACGAGACCUUCUCCCGCGAAGACGCCCGUGGAGACGCCUCCUCCUCCUCCUCCUCCUCGAUCUCCUCCUCCGCUCUCGAACACUCGUCCUCCAAAAGCCACGUCGAGGAAGUGCCCAAGAACCACCCCGUGCGCCUCCUGGUCAGGUCCACCGCCGCUCCUCGCGUCCUCGGCUCCUCCUCCUCCUCCUCCGUCGCCGCCAACAGGCUCAGUCGCUCCCCCGCCCCCCAGAUGCUAAGCAAGAGGAAGGAGUUCGAGCAGGACCUUGACAACGGCGACACCAGCGACUACUUGAGGUUGCCAUACUAAACUCAAAAACAAAACAAAAACACUCGCCUUUCUCUUUACUUAAAUCUAAAUCUCGUUUCUAACUCUCUCUCUCUCUCUCUCUCUCUCUCUCUCUCUCUCUCUCUCUCUCUCUCUCUCUCUCUCUCUCUCUCUCUCUCUCUCUCUCUCUCUCUCCCUCUCGUUCUCCCUCUCCUCUCCCUCUAUCCCGACACACUGCCGACAAUAUCUUUCCGCAUAAUAUACUAAGAUGUCCGCCAGGAAGUUCUCGAGAAGUGAUUGGCAAGACAAAAAAUCUCUUGCUGAUUUUAAACAGGCUUAUUCCGAUACAGUCACAAAUAUUAUACUGUUGAACGUACUCUACAAUGUAAUACAUAAUUAGCCAUUAUAUAGUUAAUAUAUACAGCGUAUAUAUAUAUAUAUAUAUAUAUAUAUAUAUAUAUAUAUAUAUAUAUAUAUGUCUAUGUAUAUGUAUAUGUAAAGCAUAUACACCAAGUAUUUAUAGAAAUAAAGCAUCUUAUUUAGGCUUCCCAUACUAACAUUAGAGAAGAAAAUUAUAUAUACAUAUAUAUCAUGUACGGAACUGUAUCUGCAUAUCCUGUACUCAAGUCACUCUUGCAAGAACAGGACGUCUAGUGCAUUUAAUAUCUUCAUGAAUAAAACUGACAUAUUUGAA